GGCGCCGGCGGCGGCCAUCGAGGACGGGGAGGCAGACGAGGCGCGGAGGAAGCCGGGGGCCGACGCAGCCGCGCCAGCCGAAGGUGGCGCCGAGGAGGCCGCCGACGCGGCCAAGGCGGCGAGGGCCACGGCCAAGGACCGGGCGGCCCGGGCGACGCCAGCCACUGCCGCGGCGCCG